GAGAAAGAUUUCAAGUUUAAAUAUGUGGUUUAUGCUGAUAUAUGUUAUGUCGUGUUUUCCUUCAAAGUAAUAUUUAUAAGUUGAGAAGUAUUAUCUCAAGUUUAUUGUAGAGCUCCAAACAAAUUAGCAUAAGUAUCUAUAGGAUUGCGUAGGAUAACAUUUGUAGUCUCAAGGAUAUCCAAUGAAGAGUACUCGCAAAUGAAAUGAAAAGAAACUGAAAGUUGAGCUUUCACAACCCUGAUAGCAUUAUAUAUAACGAGUAAAGAGUUUAGAAAAUUUUAAAAGAAAGUCAAAAGGAAGCCACUUAUAUAGAAAUUCACGUAGGCUUAUAAAGGAUAAACAACCUCGUAGCAAGUUUAUCCAACCAACUAUUAACCGAAGUAUGAAAUGAAAUCACAUCAAUAUACCUAAUAGAAUCGUCUUUUGAAUAGGCCUUCUCUUGUUUAUUCAGAGGUUUACGGUAGAAACGCCAAACGGCGAAAUUUCGGAUGGAGUGAAGUCAACACUAUGGAGUUUGAAUCUAGAAGUAGGAUCAAUCACGUUGUAAAAGCUAGGCAAAAAAAUCUUUGGCAAAAUCAACGUAGAAACGUGGAAAAAAUGAGAACGAAUUAAAUGGUCUAGUGCAAUCAUUCGCGGGGAAUUUAAUGCGUCCUUGUUAUAAGUAAAAUGUAACUUUCCUGGAACGUGUGUGGGGGAAGGGGGUAGGCAACCCCAUUGAUGGCACAGUUGGACGUAGCUCGGUUGGUAUAUGGAGCUUUCACUAUAUACACUAUCUUUUUUUUUUUUUUUUAAUUAUACAGAAGUAUCCUGGCUCCACAGAAGUGAUUCAGACUAGUCACGUGUUACCACGUGUCGGUCCUCUGUCCCUGGCGAUGCCGAAAUGUUAAUUUCCCAGUGGCCGGGAUUCGAACCCAGGUGGCGGUACUCAUAGCUGUAAGUUCUUUACCACUAGAGCUAGAAACCACAGUUCACUAUAUACACUAUCGUUUAUCCAUAUUGGCAAACCCUUUGAAACAAAAUCUGAGAGGUUUAAUUAAAAAUUGUAACACAAGAAAUGAACGAUGUGGUAAGUUUGGGAGUAAGUUCUGUUGCAGGAGCUGUGGCCUCCGAGCUCCUCAAAGUCGUUAUUGAAGAGGCUAAGAUGGUGGUGUCGUUCAAAUCUGUGUAUAUGGAGCUCGCAUCGACGAUGGAGGAUGUGCUUCCAGCAGUCAUAGAGAUCGAGAUGUUGCAAGGUGCAGGAGAACUAAAGAAACUCAAGGAUAUAAUCGAUGAAGCUCUUGUACUGGUUCGUAAGUGUUCACAAGUCAAGCGGUGGAACCUACCCUCAAAAGCUAAAUAUACAAGAAAAAUAGAGGAAAUCAACAAGAAGGUGCUCAAGUUCUGUCAGAUUCAACUUCAGCUUAUUAUGCUUCGGAACCAACGGCUGAUUAUGCAUCAAUCCGGAUUUUUUUCUUACAUGAGUAUGCCGUUGGAGGGGUCUACCAUGAUGUCUGAUAUUCUGCCUGAGGAUACGAGGGAAGCCAUUGAGAGUCAUCUCAAAAGCAUCAAUAUGAAGAUCGAUGGUUUGAGUGUUUAUCCGCCUGUUUAUAGGGAUCUUUGUUCGGUCCCCAAGCUUGAUAAGGUUCUCGUUGGUUUGGAUUUGCCAUUGUUGGAAAUAAAGACGAAGCUCUUUAAGGAUGAUGAUCCAGUGGUUAGUCUUGUGGUCUCUGCUCCUCCCGGGUGCGGGAAAACCACAUUGGUCACUCAGCUUUGUCAUGAUGAUGAGAUCAAAGAAAAGUUCGAGUAUAUCUUCUUUUGUGUCAUGUCAAGUGCUCCUACCUUCAGAACCAUAGUACAGAAUUUACUCCAGCACAACGGUUAUGAAGCACCUACAUUUGAGAACGAUUCUCAAGCAGCUGAUGGUUUAAGAAAUCUGCUUGAGGAACUUCAAGAAGAGGGUCCUAUAUUGUUGGUGCUGGAUGAUGUGUGCCAAGGAGCAGACUCUUUUCUUCAGAAAUUUCAGAUUAACAUACUGAAUUUCAAGAUUCUGGUGACUUCUCGGUUUGAGUUUCCGAGUUUUGGUCCCACUUGUCAUAUGAACCCUUUGGGAGAUGAAGAUGCUAAGUCCCUUCUCAUUGAGAAGGCAUCACUUCGCCACUUAUCAUUUAAGAAUGAUCAUAUUUUCCAGGAGAUUUUGAAACGUUGCUAUGGAUUUCCAUUCUUAAUUGAAGAAAUUGGCGUUCGACUUGUAAAAGAAGCUGUAAAAGAGGGAGUACUACUUCAAGUCGAAAGCGAGUCUGAAGAGGAAACAACUUUUAACAGUCCUCACAUGUAAGCAACGGCAACACAAAGCUUCUCACCUGUUAAAAUGGUUUACCCGUUGCCAGACCAUCAAAAUGAAGAAUAAAAAUCCAGCCCAAACGAAGAAACACUUGAUGGAUGAGUUAGAACAAGAGCCCAUCAAGCCCGAUGUGCAGUCAAAUCCUGUAACGGAUACUUGGACAGAAGAAAUUGUUGGUGAUUGUUCAAGCGAUUCAACAACGUACGAAAUCACUUUAUCUAACAAAUAUGUUAUUUUGGAGAACUAUGAAUGAACUGUAGUUUCAAAUCCCUGUAUUUCGACGACAUGGUUCCGUAACCACAUGUCAGUUUGGCUUGCUUGACGACACGGUUCUAGUGGCAGCUAAUGUAUUUUGUUCCGUUGUUUUUUUUUUCUGGUAAGGUGACAUUGCUUCAGCUUUUGCAUUGUGA